CGAAAGUGAAAUACAAAAGGUAAACAAAGCGGAUUUGAGUCGCCCAAUGCAAUUGUUGAAUGGCAGAUUAACAUAAGAACAAUAGGCCUGGAGCACCGGAGUCAAGUCGCUGGCCGGGUCAAGUUCUACACCUCGUAUCUGAUGAGCGCUGCGAAGAACUCAGUGAAUCGAGGCCAGAAGCAGAAGGCAGCGGCACUGGACACAACACGCGACCCAAAAGUGAAAGUUGGCCUCUAGAAAAAUGUUGAAAAUCGUACUGAUCAGUGGCAAGCGAAAGUGCGGGAAGGACUACAUAUCCGAGAGGUUGCAGCAGAGAUUGGGUUCCCGCUCGCGGAUCGUCCGAAUCUCGGAGCCCAUCAAGUCGGAGUGGGCCCGCAAGCUGCAGCUCGACCUGGGUGCCCUGCUCAGCGAUGGACCCUACAAGGAGAAGUACCGCCGCGACAUGAUCGUGUGGAGCGACGAGGUGCGGGCCCGGGACUACGGCUACUUCUGCCGCGUGGCCAUGGAGGAGGCGCUGGGCCGCCAGCAGACGCCCUACAUCCUGGUCAGCGAUGUGCGGCGCAAGAACGACAUCAAGUGGUUCCGGGAAACGUACGGAUCGGAGAGGGUCAUCACCCUGCGACUCACCUCCCGUCCGGAGACGAGAAGCGCCCGCGGAUGGACCUUCACCACGGGCAUCGACGACGUCCCUUCGGAGUGCGAUCUAGAUGAUCUGGCUGAGGGAUUUGAUGUGGUGCUGGCCAACGAUCAGAAACUGGGCCAGGAGGACAUUGACCAUCUGCUGGACCAGCUGCAGCUACAGUAUCAGUGAAGCUUUAACACAUUGCUCGAAUCAAGGCUUUUGCACCAAUGUAUUUUUGAUAUGUCAUGUAUUCCGGCCCCUGCCAAACCGAAAGUGGUCCUCACAAAGAGCGUAGAUAAUGCAAUUUUAGGUGUGUACUUAAAAGUAAAGGUAUGAAUACUCUUAGUACUAAACGGAGCUUGUGCAAAGGUUUUAAUCAAAUCUAGGGAUAAAGAAAUGUAUUUUUCAAUGAAUAUACAACUUGUAAGUCGAUGAUUUGCAGCUAGUUAGGAAGGAUACCUCAAAAACCAAUGAUAUAGCUCUAACAAAAAGUAUUUCCAAAUAUAGCUCAUGAUUUCAUUGGUUUCCGCUAAAAUAUGAACACACAUCGAUCAAAAGGUGAAAAAUACCUCUUAAAACACUUCAUUUACCAACAAUUAUAUAGAUAGUUAAAUGGAAAGCAAACUAAUAAAAUGUUUUUAUUAAA